GAGGUGGUGAGGAAGAGACGAGGAGGUUGGUGGUGAGGGGGUGGUGAGGGGGUGGUGAGGAAGAGGAGGUGGUGAGGAGGAAGAGACGGUGAGGACGAGGUGGUGAGGUGGUGGUGGUGAGGAAGAGGUGAGGAAGAGACGGUGAGGAGGAAGAGGUGGUGGUGGUGAGGAAGAGACGGUGGUGAGGAGGUGGUGGUGGUGAGGUGGUGAGGAAGAGACGGUGAGGACGAGGAGACGGUGAGGAGGUGGUGAGGAAGAGACGGUGAGGAGGUGGUGGUGGUGAGGUGGUGAGGAAGAGACGGUGAGGAGGAGGCCGAGCUCAUCUGGGAUCGACUCGUCAAGUCUGAAUCCAUCUCCUGACAGCACCGCGGUGAAGGCUCUGCCACCAGGGCGAGCAGUGCGAGCAGUGUGGAGCAGUGUCGAUCAUCAUCAUCAUCAGUAUGUAUGACGAAUUUUGUGUCGAGCGGCUACAGAAGUGAAAUCACGAAGACCGUCCCACACACACACAAGCACACACGCACACAAGCACGCACACACGCAUACACGCACGCACGCACGCACACACGCACACACGCACACACGCCGCGUUGGUGACGCAACGGGCAUCAACGCGCGCAAAUUCUGGCUCGUUUAAAAAUUACGAUGUGCCUGACACACAAAGGCCCGGCACGCUGAGGCCACGCGCACAGCCCCGCGUGUGCGUCACGCACGCACACGCGCACGCACGCACGCACGUACACACGCACGCACGCACGUACACACGCACACACGUACGCACGCACACACGUACACACCGACUUCGCUCGUGACGGGAGGAGGAAGAGAAGGCCUAAUGACCGGGAUUUGCGGCUAACAAUGGGGCCCUUGCAGCCCGGCCAGGUUUUGGAUUACCUGUGCAAUCAAACGUUGGGGAGCAGCGGUGGCCAGCUGGCUAAGGGUGGGCAGCGCAUGCUGGAGAUGAGGGACGUGGAGCAGGCGAGCGUGGGCGGGCGCGACAAGCGGGGCCGUGCCGAGCGCCGUGGAGCCAAGGCCGGCCUGGGUUCAACUCCCUUCCCGGGUCACGCGGGGCGAGGAGGAGGAGGUGGAGGAGGAGGUGGAGGAGGAGGUGGAGGGGGUAGCGGCAGCGGAACGCAGGGCAGUCACCACCCACGCAAAGCUGCGUUCAGCCCCGCCAGGCAGCAGCAGCAGCAGAAGCAGCAGCAGCAGCAGCACGCCGCCGCCGCUGCUGCUGCUGCGGCCGCUGCGGCGGCUGCGGCGGCGGCGGCGGCGGCAACGGCGGCCGCUGUGACGGGAAGUUUGCAGCAGCAGCAGCAGCAGGGGGCGGCGUCUGGAGCGCUGGGACCGGGCACUCCGGGGGGGUCGGUGUCCAUGGGGACUCCGAGCCCGCGGUGCCGAGGCUCACCGGCCUCGAACUCACACAGCAGCCCCAAGCUGAAGGGGGAUCCGUGCGGCCGCUCCCCGUCCGCUUCCCCCUCCGUUCCGCUUCUCUCGGAGCUGCGCGGGGGCCCGGGGGGAGGCCCCGGGGGGGUCGGCGGUGGAGGGGGGGGGCCGGCGGGGGGAGGGGUCGGCGGGGGGGGCGGUGGCCCCCCCCCCAUGGCGGCGCUCGCUGGGGGGCCCAAGGCUCUGGGGAGGAGCGCCGCCGGGAGCGCGAAGCUCAAGGGGAGCAACGGGAAGCGCGAGAGGAGCCCCUCGUACGACGGCCUCGUCACGCCGCGCGGCGGUGGCCGUGGCAAGAGGAGGGGGGGGGCCACCCAGCGGCGGGCGGCCUUCACCGCGGCCCCCGAGUGGGGGGGGUCUGGGGGCGAGAGCGAGGACGACCGCCCCCUCCUCUCAUCCCCACCAUGCCCUGGGGCAGGGGUGGGUGGACCCCCUAUGGCCACCCUGAUCGGGGUGACCUCUGACCUCUCGGAGGCCUCCCAGGCUCCCCCCAAGCCCCCCCUCUCUGCCCUCGUGUGCGUCUUCUCCACCCAGCUGCUGAACAAGGCGGCGGAGGCUGUGAACCAGGGCCGUGUCGACUCAAUCCUCGCCUUCCACCAGCAGAACGCCUCCAACUGCAAGACGCAGGCUGUGCGGAAGAGCCACCUCCUGCUGCAGCAGCAGCAGCAGCAGCCGGCGCGACAGUGGCGCCCGCCCAAGCAACUCGGCGGCGCCUUCUCCCCUGCACCGCCGGCGGCCUCCAACCCGUCCCGCACGCCCCCCUCCCUCCUCCUGCACGCCGACGGAGACCUCGCGGCCGCCUCCUCCUCCUCCUCCUCCCCCGCCUGCGCCAACGCCAACGCCGCCGCCAACGCCGCCGCCGCCGCCAACGCCCCGAUCGCCGGCGCCAUCGCUGCGUCCGACGGCAAAGCUUCACCGGAUCCGGACGCGGAAGGAGCCGUCGGCGAUGGCGGCGACGGUGGCGGUGGCGCCGAAACCGUUUCUGCGGCAGCGGCGGCAGUGGCAGCAGCUGCUUCAGCGGCAGCAGCAGCUGCCGGCAAUGGCGACGACGGCCAUUCCGGUUGCGCCGGCCCCGGCUCGUCUGCCGCCGCCGCCUCUCUCCUGUUGCUUCCCUCGGCUUCCCCGGAUCCGGCAACGGUGAAACCAGAAGCGCCGGAACCUGGGGUGGAGGUGCCGGCUGAAGACGCAACAGCAGACCUGCAGCAGCAGCAGCAGCAGCAGGAGGGCGACGGUCAGGGCGGUGGAUGCGUGGCGACGGCCGCGCCGGAACUUGCCGGGAAUGCGUCCGCCGAGGUGAAGGUGGAGCGAGCGAUUGACUCUGAGGGCGGUGGUGCCGGCGGUGCCUCGGCCGCCUCCGACGAAGAUCAGCAGCAGCUGCUGAGCGCCGACAUUGCGGACGACGGCGUCGCCACGGCGCCCGGCGACAGGGCGGCCGCGGCGGUGGCGGCGACGGCGGUGAAGCUGGAGGCGCCGUGCGUCGACUCCCUCGGCGGCUCGCCCGGCGUCGGCUCCGCCGCCGGCGCGGCCGAGGUCGCCGUGGCGAUGGAGCAGCAGCAGCAGCAGCAGCAGGACAACCCCGAGGGGCUCUCCCAGGAGCAGCUGGAGCAUCGUGAGCGCUCGCUGCAGACGCUGCGCGACAUCCACAAGCUGCUCUUCCCCGACGAGAAGGACGACUUUCUCACCAAGGGCGCCGCCGCCGCCGCCGCCGCCGCCGCCCUCUCGUCGGUGGCGGCCGCCGGGAGGGCCGGCGACAAGAAGCCGCCGGACGGGCCCCUGCAGGCGAUGAUGGCGCAGGCGCAGAGCGCCGGGCAGCUGGGCGAGCAGGGCCCCGCGGCCUUCCGGGGCGGCGGCGUGGGGCCCGAACAGUCGAUGAUGAUGAUGAUGGGCGGCGUCGGCGCGAUGGGUCCUCAGCAGCACGGUGCGGUGAUGAUGCCGGGUUUGUCUUCCUCCCCACAGCACCACCAGCAGCACCAGCAGCAGCAGCAGCAGGAGCAGCAGCAGCAGCAGCUGUUUGCGCUGGAGAGUCACUUGAUGGGCGGCGGCGGGGGUGGCCGCGAGCCCCUGAGCCCCGAGCAGGUGGCGUGGCUCAAGCUGCAGCAGGACUUCUACGAGGAUAAGCGGCGCCGGCAGGAAGGGGUGGGCCACAUGGGGGGGGGGCCGGGCGAGCUGGCGCCCCUGGAGGGCGCGGGGCGCCCCCCGCCGCCGCCCUACAUGAAGAACCUUCCCGACGGGAUGAUCCCCGAGCUGGUGGCGCGAUUCUCGGACGGCCCCGGCAGGCCCCGGCGGGAUCCCGGCGGGGGGCGUCAUGUUCUCCGAGCAGGCGCCGCCCUCCCAGCCGCCGCAAGGCACCAUGGGAAGGCACGCCGCCGAAGGGAUGCAGCCCCCGCAGGGAGAGGGGGGGCAGUUCUCCGGCGGGAUCCCCCCGGGAUGCCGGGCCGCGUGCUCGAGAGGAUUCCGCCCGGGAUGGGCGGUGGAGCCGGUGGAGUCGGCGCGCAGUUUGGUGACGCGAUGAGCCCGGAGAUGGGUGGCGGUGGCGGUGGCGGCGGCGGUGGCGGUGGCCGCUUUCCCAUGGGAAUGGGAAUUCCGGGGCAGAUGGGAGACGCGGUGCAGCAGCAGCAGCAGCAGCAGCAGCUCCACCCCCACCACCACCCGCACCACCACCCGCAUGGCGGCCACCCCGCCCACCACCACCCGCACCACCACCCGCACCACCACCCGCACCACCCCGGCCACCACCACCCUCACCACCAUCCCGGCCACCAUCACCCGCACCACCAACACCCGCACAACCCUCACCUGCCUCACCACCUGCACCCCGAUGUCGGGAAGCAGUUUGCGCCGGGAAUGGUCGCGCGCUUCCCGGACGGGAUUCCCGUGGGGAUGGAGUCCCCCAUGACGCCGCAGCAGCAGCAGCAGCAGCAGCAUUUCCCGCACGGAAUGCCGCCUGCGAUGGCCGCCAGAUUCCCGGACCCCAACGGAUUCCCCCAGCCGCCGCGCGGCCAGUCCAUGAUGCGAUUCCCAGCGCACCGAUUUACGGGGAACCUCAUGAUGCAGCAGCAGCAGCAGCGCAUGAUGAUGAUGCCCGGCGCGGCCAUGGAUGGCGCAAACGCCAAAGCGAUGAUGCAGCUGCAGCAGCAGCAGCAGGGGUUGAGACCCGGCGCCCGUGGCUCGGUGGGUCCCCUGUCCGAGAUGGAGGAGCUGGUGAUGAUGGGACGACCUCUGGGCAGCCCGAGCAACAUCCAGGAGGCGCUGAUGCACCAGCACCAGCUGCAGGAGCGCCGGCGCAUGGAGGCGGUGGCGGCCGCCGCGGCCGCAGCAGCAGCAGGGGCCCAGCAGCAGCAGCAGCAGCAGCAGCAGGGCCUGGAGGCGUCGGCGCUCGACCUGGAGCAGGUGUUCCGCUCGCAGAAGCACCUCGACCCCGUGAACUGCGGGGGGCUGAACGGCAAGAACCCCUCUCCCAGUCUCAUGUCGGACGUCGCAGAAGCAGCGGCCGUCUUGCAGCAGCAGCAGCAGCAGCAGCAGCUAUCGAUGGAGCUGCAGCAGCAGCAGCAAGGCAGCAUGGG